UUGCGACGUGCACAUCAGCAGCAGCAGCACAGCGCGCAUUAGUUGGACACAGACGGAGCGAUAGAGAAGCUGCUGCUCUGUUCAGAAAAUGGCCGACAGAUUUUCUAGGUUCAACGAAGAACGUGAUUUCAAGGGUGGGAAUCACUUUGACCAGUAUGAAGAGGGCCAGUUGGAGCUGGAACAGGCAUCCCUGGAUAAGCCCAUUGAAUCGCGAAUUGGCCCCUAUUAGCUAAGCAGCAAUGACCCGCCCAGUAUUUUAAAGCCAGGAUAACAUCGGGCACCGGCUGCUUCAGAAACAUGGCUGGAAGUUGGGACAAGGUCUUGGCAAAACCAUGCAGGCGAUUUGAUCCUGCCCAUGUUGUGCUGAUGGUAAACUUAGUGGACGCACCGACCCUGUGCCCAUCACCCUCAAAUAUGAUGUCAUGGGGAUGGGACGGAUGGAGAUGGAGUUGGACUAUGCAGAGGACGCCACAGAGAAGAGAAGAGUGCUUGAAGUGGAAAAGGAGGACACAGAAGAACUGCGGCAAAAAUACAAGGACCAGAUGGAAAAGGAGAAAGCCAUUGCAAAGGCUCUGGAAGACCUGAGAGCCAAUUUCUAUUGUGAGCUAUGUGACAAACAGUACACCAAACACCAGGAGUUUGACAACCACAUUAACUCUUAUGACCACGCUCACAAGCAGAGGCUUAAGGAGCUGAAACAGAGAGAGUUUGCUCGUAACGUGUCAUCCCGUUCCCGGAAAGGUGGAAAAAAGCAAGAAAAGAUGCUGCGUCGAUUGCACGAGCUGGCUGAGCAGAGAAAACAACAGGACCGUACUCCAGGAAGUGGGCCCAUGUUCAAAACUACCACAGUGGCUGUGGAUGGAGAGAAGUCAGAUGAUGGCGACAUGACACCUGAAAACACUGCCUUGACAGACUGUGUCAUGGAAGGAUCUCCGGCAGAUAAAACUGGGGAAGCCUCCCCAAAGCCAAGUCCAACAGUCAGCUUCUCUCUGGGGAAGAACAGCUCCUCAUCCCCAACCCGUUGCGCAUCCAAAGUUAGUGUGUCCUUCUCUUUUGCCAAGAAAGCCCCAGUAAAGCUGGAGACAGCAGCGGCAGUGUUUGCUGAUCAUGGAGAGGAAGCUAUGGAGGAAGAAGAGACCCAGGAGGGAGAGAAGACCGGAGGGCAAGAGGAGACAUCUGGCAGCAGCACAGACAGCUCUAAGGGAGGUGAAGGAGGAGGGGAAGGAGGAGAAAACGCUAGUGUGUCAACAACCGAAGAGGUGCAGCAGCCUGACGAUGGAGCCUCUCUAGCCUCCACUCUCAACAAACUGAAGAUGAUGAUGAAAAAAGAGGAAGGAUAUGCUGGACAGGAGCCUCAGUACUACCACUAUAUACCUCCAGCUCACUGCAGGGUAAAGCCUCACUUCCAGUUUUUGCUGUUUAUGAAGGCCACUGAUCAGUGUCUUGGAAAAGAAGAAGAUGAGGAAGAGGAGCAGGAGGAGAAGGUUGAAGAUAGUUCUGAACAGACAGAGCCCGACUUUACAGAGUGCAAGACCGAAAAGGGACAAGAUAAUGUCACUUUAUCCCCUGACCCAGAGCCAACUCCUCCAUCACCUAAAAUGAAGACGGAGGAUGUGUCUUCAUUCGCGGCAGAUACAGCUACCAUGGUUCCCACUUCCCCUACACAAAAAGCCGAAGACACAACAACACAGGACACAAUGGAUUCCAACUUGGGUCCUAAAAUCCCCACCGGUCCCUUCUUUCCAGUUCUGAGCAAAGAUGAGAGCACUACCCUGCAGUGGCCCUCUGAGCUCCUCGAAUUUACAAAAGCUCAGCCUUCCUUGUCUUACAGCUGUAAUCCCCUCUACUUUGACUUCAAGCUGUCUCGCAACAAAGGUGUGCGUGGCGGGAAAGCAGCAAAGUCCCCUAAGCCUUGUCAAGAAUCUGAUGGCAAGGGGCCAGAGAUGGCUGCAUCAACAGCUGAAGUAGAUAUAACUGCUAAACCCGGGACCAGCACUGACAAAGACAAGCCAAGUAUAGGUGAGGAAGACCUUGGCCAACCAGAAGGUGAUGAGCAAAAGCUUGCAACUGGCAGUGCCAAGAAAAAAAAGAAAAAGAAGAAACAUAAGAAGUCUGGAAAGCACUCAAAACGUAAAGGAAAAGACAAGGGAGCAGAAGAAGAUGCAGAGGGCGAGACUGAGCUAAUGCAAGAGAAACCCAAAAAGAAGAAAAAACACAAAAGGAAGAAAACCAAAAACAAGGGUCCCAAUCAAGAUGAGGCAGCAGGUGAUGAAAAGGAAAAAGCAAAACCAAAAUCAGAAGAUAAAGCUGUUGCCUCCUCUGUUCAGCUGACAACUGGAGCGGUGGGAGCUACGGGAAAUGCAGGCGUUGAACCGGGAAAGAGGAAACGUGCUACUAAGGAAGUGCCUUGCAAGUCUGGAGCAGAGGAAGGAGGAGCCGGAAAAGGUACCGACAAGGUCAACUCCACAGAGGAUCACAGUGGCACCAAGCGACAAAAGACUGACUCCAGUGCACCUCAAAGUGCCUCCUGCUCCACCUCAGCUCAAAAGAGUCCUGGUCCUGGUAGACCGCCCAGCAGUGAGAGUGAAGAAGAAGGGGGCUCUAAUACUCAGCGCUCACGUCAUCACAGGUCAAGUCCUCGGGAACAACGCCGCCACCAUAGUGCAGAAUCAAGGCGGUCCUGCAGCCGUUCUUCAAAACGGGGGGAAAGACGGGGCAGCAGUCGUCGGCGCCAUCGUGGCCAAACCUCUCGUAGUCACUCAUACUCCAGCAGUUCUGAGCGCUCCUCAGCCGGCAGCAGCGCCUACAGUCACCGAAGCCGCAGCUACUCAGACAGUUACAGCGACUACAGCAAAGAGGGUCACAGACGGAGGCACUCCAAACGUUCAUCAGACUCGGAGUAUGAGCGUAGGGGAAGCCGAGGACGAAGACAAUCCAGGAGACAUCAGUACACCUCUUCCUCCUCAGAAGACUCACGCUCACGUUCACGCAGCUACAGCCGCAGGAAGAGGCACCGGCGGCACCAUCGGAGCAGCUCAAGAAGCUCUAGUAGCUGGAGCCGCAGCACUAGUGCAAGAUCGUGGAGACGCAGCUACAGCCGGAGCCACAGCUCUGCCAGCCGCUCCUCCAGUUCCACUAAAGUCUCUCCUCGGCGACGAGGCCCCAGGGCUCGAGCUGACAGUGACGCACAGCGUAGAGACUUCAACCGCUCUUGUAUCUACCGUUCCCAGUCUCCGCGUUCAUCUUCAUCACGAGGCCUUAACCGCAACACCCAUUCAUCCAGCUCCCAGUCUCUGAGGCCAGGGGUGUCCCGAGAUGCAGGGGAACAGAAAAAUACCCUUACUGCUCGCCAGCUGCUGGAGAAGGUUCAGUCUAAAAAAAGCUCUGAUGAUUCUGCCACAGGAACAAAAUCUGGGAAUAAGAUUAAGGACCCACCACAGGGAUACUUUGGUCCCAAACUACCCCCGACCCUUGGAAGCAAAACAAUGCUGCCGCUUUUUGGUAAGCUGCAAGCAGGGAAGAAACCGAUGAUUCCCCUAACCAGACCCAAUGAGGGGGAGAAAUCAGGUGCAGGGAAGUGCUCUGAGGCAGAGGUUAUCUUGGUAGAGCCUAUAAGGGAGUUCCCUCCUCCUCCACCACCUCCAGCGCCACCUGUCCAGAAGGUUGAGGAGGCCCCACAGGUCAUGGUGGUGCAAGAGGAGACGCAGCAUCCCACUACAGAAUCCCAGGUGCACCAAGAACCCCGGCCAUUGUUUGAACACGAGCCUUCCAUGAUGAUGCCCCCGUACCAAGGAGAAUCGGGACAGGACCCUUCUUACAAUCCCAUGAUGGAGUCCCUCGUGCCAGAAAUGCAGCAGCCUCCAAUGCAUGCCUACCCUGCUUACCCACCACCCAACCUGGAGGAAGAUGGCAUGGAGGCAGAGGAGGAUGGACUGGCUCCUUUGGAGAGUCAGCCCAUUACAUUCACACCAGAGGAGAUGGAGAAGUACAGCAAGCUGCAACAGGCUGCACAGCAGCACAUCCAGCAGCAGCUUUUGGCCAAGCAGGUCAAGACAUUUCCGUCUGCAGCAGCAGCUGCAGCCGCUGCUGCGGCGGCUGCCAACUUGGCCCCAGCUCCUCCUCCCCCAACCCUCCAACAGAUCCACAUCCAGCAGCCCACUGUGUCUAUGGCUUCCAUGGCCUCUGGCACAUCAAUCACCACAGUGCAACAUGCCAUCCUGCAGCACCAUGCUGCCACUGCUGCAGCCAUGGGCAUUCACCCAGCACAUGCCCACCACCCACACCAUGCACAUGCCCAGUUGGCCCAGGUACACCACAUUCCCCAGCACCACUUUACCCCCAUCUCUCUGUCUCAUUUAGGUCACUCCCUUGGCCAUUCUCUGGGACACUCACUAGGACAUGCUGGGCUGAUUCCUGCCCACCAUGCAGCCUUCCUCUCUGGUCAGCCUAUACAUAUUAUCCCAGCGUCUGCACUUCACCACACCCCCUUAGCUCUCCACCAUGUACCACACGCCCUCUACCCCACACUUUUCACACCCCGGCCCUCACAGGCUGCUGCAGCGGCAGCUCUCCAACUCCACCCACUGCUACACCCAAUCUUCUCAGGGCAGGACCUCCAGCACCCACCUAACCAUGGCUCUUGAAGGAGUAUAGUAACAGCACCCAACCUUUGAAAUAAGACUUAACUGGCUUGGUUCAGGGUUUUAAGAUGAAGUCUUUGCAGCAACAUGCAGGCAGUGAGACAGGAAGCUGUCAAUAAAAUACUACUUCCUUUUACUGGCCAACACAGUACAGAAGUUGUAGCCACAAAGUGGUGUUGCCUGUGUUGGAUAUAAGUUCAUAUUUUCUUCUGGCUCAUGCAAGUUAUUUUUUCACAUUUUGCCCUGAAUUUUAUAAAACAGGGUGUAGAUUUAAACAGACUUUCUCAAGACAUUGGUUUAUAUUCCAGUUUGAGGUAUAUUAACACCAUCCAUUUGUUUGUUUUAAUCAUAAGUCAGAGCAACUACUGGAGCUUUUUCCCCCCAAAUAAAAAUAUUCUCUGUUUUUGCUCAUGUUGGCAGCCAAAGAGAGAUGUUAUUAACGAAGCUAUAAGCUGGAUCAUGUUAGGAGUACGUGGUAGGCAAACGGCUUCAACUCUGUAAUGUAACCUUCAGAGACAGACUACUUCAUAUUUACUGAUAUUGUUUAUGUUCUUAUGACUACUUGCUCUCUACUGGAUCAAUGCUCUCAAAUAAUUUGUAAUGCAGUAACUUGUACAUAUAUCAGUGUGUAAUGUGAAGAAUCUCCUCAAUGAUGACCAUUUAAAAUUACAGCUAUGGUGUCCGAAUCGUUUUGACAUUGUCACAUAAGCGAGGGGAAAUGUGAUGCAAGGGUUUUAACAUCCCUGAUGCUCUGAGGCAAAGCUCAUGGUCCCUUUGGCAAGGGUGCACCUGAAUAAAUUGCACUGAAAAUCUGUACAUCAAGAUGGUGCAUUUGCAUCAUGUAACAAUAAGAUUGUAGUAUACUGCAAUAAAUGUAUUUUUCUGUUUUUAAGUUAUUUUCCAAAAAUGCUCUUCAAAAGAAGGGCUGUGUUUUGCUUUUGUGUAAUUUUGUAAAUAAAACUGCUGUAGAUUAACCUAUUAA